CCUGAUUAAGUUAUUUGCCAGUUUCCAGCUCCAUCCAGAUUUGCUGUUUGUCCUUGACCGUGAGGGGAAAGAUGCAACUUACCAUACCCCCAAGAGUUCAAGUUCUUAUUUCUUGCAGCCAAGACACCUGAUGGAGCUGCCUUCUAUGUGAACCAGGCAGUCGCUCCCACAAAUACCCUGACUACUUUCUUGAUAGAGGGAAUGUUCAAAUACUUCCAGAAGCGCUUUACCAGCCAUCUGACGGAAUGCAGUCGCCGAAGAGCAAGGCUGGUAUCUAAAGAUGGAAGGUGUAACAUAGAGUUUGGGAAUGUGGAAGAACAGUCACGAUUUGUCUUCUUGGUUGAUAUAUGGACUACUGUCCUGGACCUCAAGUGGAGAUACAAAAUGACCAUCUUCAUCUCAGCAUUCUUAGGAAGUUGGUUUCUAUUUGGUCUCCUUUGGUACGUUGUGGCAUAUGUACAUAAUGACCUUCCUGAAUUCAGUCCUUCCAUAAAUCAUACCCCUUGUGUGGAGAACAUAAACGGCUUGACCUCUGCUUUCCUGUUCUCCCUGGAAACUCAGGUUACCAUUGGCUAUGGCUUCAGGUGUGUCACAGAACAGUGUGCAACUGCCAUUUUCCUACUGAUCUUCCAGUCUAUCCUUGGGGUCAUCAUCAACUCUUUCAUGUGUGGUGCUAUCUUGGCCAAGAUUUCUCGGUCCAAGAAACGGGCCAAGACCAUCACCUUCAGCAACAAUGCUGUCAUUAGCAAACGAGGUGGGAAACUGUGUCUCCUCAUCCGAGUGGCCAACCUCAGGAAGAGUCUACUGAUUGGAAGCCACAUCUAUGGGAAGCUUCUGAAGACCACAAUCACUCCAGAAGGAGAGACAAUUAUCUUGGACCAGGUCAACAUAGAAUUUGUGGUGGAUGCUGGCAAUGAGAACCUCUUCUUCAUCUCCCCCUUGACUAUUUACCACAUAAUCGAUAAGAGCAGCCCGUUCUUCCACAUGUCAGUAGAAACCAUCCACCAGCAGGACUUUGAACUGGUGGUAUUUUUAGAUGGCACAGUGGAAGCCACAAGUGCUACCUGUCAAGUCAGGACAUCCUAUAUCCCAGAGGAGGUGCUCUGGGGUUACCGCUUUGCUCCCAUUGUGUCCAAGACCAAGGAAAGGAAGUAUAGAGUGGACUUCCACAACUUCAGCAAGACAGUGGAAGUAGAGACCCCUCACUGUGCCUUUUGCCUAUACAAUGAGAAAGAUGCUAAAGCCAAGGCAAAAAGAGGUUACGACAAUCCUGGCUUCAUUCUAUCAGAAGUCAAUGAAACCAGUGACACCAAAAUGUAGUUCUGUAUGCUCAUGACAUUGGGGUAUUUUUAAUGUAACACAAACUCAAUACUGAGAAGCCCUAUAAGGAACAGGGCUGUUUUGACACAAAAAUGGCUCCUGAUUUCUCAAAAUAAUUAAAUCAAAGCAGACAACCACACCAGUGAUCUUCAGGAUGCUAUUGAACUGCACUAUGUAUAUUUUUUUCAUAGAAUGUAUAUUUUUUGUACUGAGAUGUUCAUUUAAGCUGCUAAAAUGGAAUGUCCAACUCAUCUAAUUAAGUUCCCAAAGACAUUUAAGACAUAAGGAAGUCUGACAACAUGUCUUAAAAGAAGAGACACAGAGUGCUUCACUAGUGCUGAAGAGGUGAAAUUUUUGGGAUGAAUGUGAAAAGAAGAGAUCACCGGUAAAAAAUAAUCAAAAACUCCUAUAAUCCCACCUGAUAUCCUAUGUACAUACUUAGGUUGGUGGGAUUAUUCAAACAGAACUAAUACAUGUACAUAGACCCGAGCUGGGAAAUACACCUCCCAGCUGCAGUGUAGUCAUAUCCUAAGUGACUUAGGAACCUAAACCCCACUUACAUAAUUGAAAUCAAUAGAAGGUGCUUAAAUACUGGGCUCUAGAGUGUAUCUCCCUCUGAUUUUUCAAAGACACUUGCACUGUCACUUUUGAAAAUUGGACAUAGUCUGUUUGCAAAUUUAAUCUUCCUUCCUUCCUUUCUGUUCAGGUGGCCCCAUGAGGCAGCUGCUCAGGGAUUGUGGGAGGAGGAGAUUGGGUGGGCUGGAAAAAUGGUUUGAUGGAAUUAACAUGUUCACGGAGAAUGUAUUGAGUCCUUAGAAUCAGCAUUAUCUGAUGGAAAAGUGUUCCAGUACAUUUUCAAUGAAUUGUAGAUGUAUCUUUUAAAGAAAAAAGAUGCUUUAAAAUACAAAACAAAAAAAAUUAUUUCUGAACUGUGAUAGGUUUUCGCCUACAACAAUAGCAAUAAGAAUGCAGAGACAUUUAAAAUUAAUAAGGCUGAAACCAAUUGGAUAAUAAAGAAAUAAAUUAGUCAACUGAAAGACUCCUCUAGUGACUUCAGUGGGCUUUGGAUAAAGUUGUACGCCUCAUUUAUGCAAGAAAAACAUUCACAUGCAUGAGAAACUGAGCUUUCAGGCAAUAACAAUCAGGCAUGCAAAGCUGAUUGACCAUAGCUGGUAAACAUUUUUCUAAUUUUGAUUUUUCAGUGACGUUUGAAACACCAAUGGGAAGUUUCAGCCAACAUGUUGUGAGAUUUUUACCAUGCUCUCCCUGUUUUUUUAACUGACCUCUGUUGUGGAGUGUUCAACUGAUGGACGAAAAAGCAAGGGGUGAUCCUGGGGCUUUUCCCCAUCAGUUUAAUCAUACAAGCCUAUGUUGAGCACAGUGAUGAUACGAAUAAUACUUCUACAUGCUGUUUGCAGUGUUGUAGCCCCAUUGGUGUAAGGAUAUUAGAGAGACAAGGUGGGUGAGGUGGUAUCUUUCACUGGACCAACUUCUUGUCUCUUUCACCCACAGAAGUUGUUCUAUGAAAUAUAUUGCCCCCUCCCUUCUACAUGCUGAAGGAUCUGAACCGUCUGAAAGGAAAAGGAGAAUUAGGCCGACAAAAUUACAAUAAUCAUAGUGAGAGUUAUUUUGCAAAUGAGCGGGACAGAGUAUAGUGUAAGGAUCUGGGCAUAAGGAGGGAGCCAGGAAUUCUCAUGUCCCAAUCCUACCUCUCCUAGCAACUCUUUCUUUGGAGUUGGACAAAUCACUUUAAAGCAUGCCUUGGGGGCUCCACCCAUAGUAUGGAAUAUUAGGUCUCAUCUACCUUACAGGGGUAUUGUGAGGAACAAUUCGUUGAUGUCGGUACAACGUUUGAAGAUUAGUCAGUUCUCCUAAGUCUGAAGACUGACCAGCUUUUCAUUGUACAUUGUCUCCUGUCCUCCACUCACCCAUUGCGCGUGAAUAGAAAGAAAUGUUUGUUUUUAAUAUUGUGCCUCCAGAUGCAGGAGUGCAGAGCUCAGUGUAAGUUAGUAAAAUAAAAUGUCAUAAAAGAGUUUGUCUGCUGUCUGGGUCUCUCUCUCCCCUCCUUUGGCACUUGCAUGGUACUAAUUGAUGGUG